AUGGCUGAUAAGAUGGAUCGCGGUCUCGAUGAGAUCAUUGCUGAUACUCGCUCCAAUCGACCUCGCAACAGCCGUGGCCAAGGUCGCCGACGUGAACCGCGUAACGAUUUCCCUCGCGAUGGUGUUAGAAAGGUGGACUUCCCUCGCUCUCCAAUGAUGCCUACUCGACCUGUACAACCCUCCUCGCAACUCAUCCUUUCGAUGCUCGGAGCUCUUUCUGUUCGCGACGAUUCACGAAACAUCGACAGUGAAUGGGUCCACGACCGAUUCGAAGAGAAUAACAACCGCCGGGCACCUGCUCCUCGUCGCCGCCGCGAGUCGCCGGAACAAGAUUCCAAGGGCACAAAGAUCCGCGUCGAUAACAUCCAUUACGACCUCACCGACGAUGACCUUUCUGAGCUCUUCCAAAGAAUUGGACCCAUCAGUCGCCUCCAGCUACGAUAUGAUCGCGCUGGACGAUCUGAGGGCACUGCCUACGUGACCUACGAACGGAACGAAGACGCCAAGGCAGCGGUCCUGGAAUUCGAUCGUGCAAAUGCCAACGGCCAGCCUAUUUAUUUGACUCUUCUGCCUAGCCGAAACCCAUUCGAUACUGCCGUUAUGCCCGGCCGUUCGCUUGCAGAGCGUAUUUCGAGCCCAGGAGACAGAAGAUCGCAUUCGCCCCACCGCCAACGUGAUGACGAUGAUGCUGCCCGCAGAGGAAUUGACCGAUAUGUUCCUGGCCAAGGCUCUCGUCGAAGCCCAAUGCCUCGAGGCCGUGGUCAAGGUCAAGGUCAAGGCCAAGGUCGGGGCCAGGGUGGUCGCCGUCCUGGUGCUCGACGUGAUGGCAGAGAAGGAGGCAGGGAAGGAGGCAGAGAGGGAGGUAGAGACCAGGAUGGAGGCCGAGGUGGCCGAGGCAACCGCCCUUCCAAGAAGACACAAGAAGAACUCGACGCCGAGAUGGCCGACUACUUUGGAGGAGACAGCGCGCCCGCAGAGCCCGCUAACCAGCAAGAUGCACCUCCUGCUCAAGCACCUGCAGCUGCGCAGCCUCAAGUACACGCUGCCGCCGACGACAUCGACAUGAUUGAGUAA